CAGAAAACUUCGCGUAAACAAAAUCACCGGCCACCGAAACCACAAAGCGGCUCUGAAUGAAAAACCUAACGACUUUCCGCAGUGAUUCUUCAUUCGCUGUUCAAUUUAGCCUUUCAGUUUCGAAGACAAGGGCGAUUUUGCUGUUUAAGAUAAAGAUUAAGUUUAUCGAAAUGUUUGAACUACAGAAAAGAAUGCCAGGGAUGCGAUCCGCUGAAUAUCAAGCGACAAUCGCGCUAAAAUUUUUCAUAAUUAUACAUAAUUAUGCGAAUGUUUAGACAAUCAACCAAUCAAAAUCACUACCCGGUUUUCGGGUAGUGAGUGACGUCACUGGACGGCAUUAACGGCCCGUCGAUUCAAACGAUGUUGAGAGGAGAAAACGACUCGAAGCAAUCGGAUGAAUUUCAGGCUAUUUCAAAGCUUGUUUAAUCGAUCUUUACUAUGUCAUUGUUCCUUUAGGCCAAAACGUACCAUUCCAUUUUCAGUAUUCUCAAGUAACCGGAGAAAAAAGUAAUAAAAGCUUUGAUCGUUAAUUUUUUUGCUUCUGUCCAAGUGACAUGUUUCCAAAGAAGUAUGCCGGUCCUCGAUAAUAAAAAACUCUAUAUGGCGGUGCAGGAAAUUUCAAAAGCGAUAAUUUAUUUUUGCAAAUAAAAAUUUUUACUCGUUUGCCAAAAAAAUAAAAAAGAGAGAGUUCUAGUUCCAUUUCCAGUUUAAUCCUCCAUUCGGUAAUCUUGUCAUCACCGAAUUGCAUUGCCGACUUGACUUUUAGCUAAUGCAGUGAAACCCGCAACCUUUGCUUGUGUUAACUACUUCAAAAUUUAACGUGAAUUAGCCACAACAGUGAAGUUACACCAUACAUAAGUUAUGUUAUAGUUAUAAUGAUUGUUCUAUAAUAAUGAACCUUGAAAAGUUAGCAUCACUUAGGCACAUGCUUACAACCCUGAAACAUUAAUUAAGGCCACAAGUCAUGAGGUGGUGCGGGGGGGAUGGGAGAGACGAGGCCUAGGACCGAGAAACGAUGUUCUCACAUCUUGCAAAGCGGUCACCUUGCGUGGUGGUCAGUGGAUAAUAGACCUAUUCGUCUAAGUCAAUGUUGUACCCAAUUCAGAUCUCCCGGGGUUAAGAUUCUUUGUGUAUUUUAUUUGCAUUAUAAUGUGGCAUUCUCAUUUAAAUGUAUGGAAAUUCCUGAAACAAAAAGGUUUUAACCCCAAAGGGUUUGAAUUGGGUACAACAUUGACUUAGCCGAAUAGGUCUAUUGCAAUAUUUUUCCCAGCCAACUGAAUUCAACAUUUUAAAAAUUUAGAUGUAUACAUCAUGCCUCUUUGUUUUUCUCGCAUAAGGUAUUUGUCCUUUGGUACUGAAAUUGCGAAGGAAACCAAAUGCAAACGAUAGUCACUGCAACCGUAUAAAUUCUUAACCGACAACAACAAGCGCUGGACUAUCGGUCGCGUUUAUAGAGGUUACAUUCAUCGGAAGUAAGUCUAUUUAAGAGAGUCUUAUAAAUAUAAGCUUAUAUACCGCUUAAUACCUGAUUAAACAGAUGCACACUUAAUAACAUUUCACUUCGUUUAUUACGAUUAGUCAAAUGACCUUGAAUUCAACGUUAAAACUCCAAACGAUCCUAACAAAACAGUCACAACUAUUUCUGAAAGCUCUGUACCUUGAAGCGACCUCAGCUUUCCUUAGGGUUGCGGCAAAACGCCGAUAGCUAGACUCUUCGGCUGUUCCAAUUCCUAUCAGCUAUACGCAGCGUUUGCUAUAUGCUGUAUAUUCUAAACUCUGCACACGAAAAUUGUUCGAAAGAAAAAGAAACCCCCUCUCUGAAAAGCGACAUAAAAUAAAAAUAAAAUAGCGAGAUCGUCCCGCCUUCGACCCUCGUGUUUUUUUUUCUUUUCUUAAAAGCGUUGACAUUCUGAUACACAGCGUGUUCUGGCUUUUUGGUCAGCGGCACUGAUGCCAGGGAAAUUUGUGAGAACAUCGUUUGGAUUUCAUUUAAGAGAAUGUAUGGGAAGUAGCUUCCCACCCCCUUGCCACAAGUAAUUUUAACAUGUAUAACAGUUGUACCUUCUAAAGCUUGCAGAGUCCAUACAUUUGGCGCUGAUUUGGCAAUGAAGAAUGCCUUUGAAGAUGAUUGAUUAAUUGUAAAAUAACAUAAAAGAGCUGUAGAGUUGCAUCGCACUUCUAUCAUAGUCAGUAAAAGAAUCAAGGGAUGAAUGUGAUUUUGAUUUUCCCUGCAGUCACGUCCAGAGCGCAGGAACACAGUUUUCGUCGUCUCAAGUCAGAGAUUGGGCGAAGCGUCCCUUCGCAGGAAAAGAUCUGUUUAUUAUUGGUGAAGCUUAUCAUACGUUAACUGGGUGGAUCGAAGGAGCACUGCUGUCAGCGGAGAAUGCAUUGCACGAAGGAUGGGGUAUCAAAUAUGACUCCGACUUAGGGCAAAUACGAGACCCCCUAACAAGGCAAGAAAACCCUUUUGGCGACAACUUUGAGCUGAUUCUAUAUUAA